GGAUACGGAAAGAAAAAUUCGAAGGCUGAAUUCGAAUUGUGAGCGGGUGUUGAGCGCGGAAAUAUAGCCAGGAUUUCUUGCCUGCCGCGCUGAGUAAGCUGACUGACGCAGCAAGCCUCGUUCGUACAAUGGUCAGCCCUUUUUCGAGCUAGACCGUAUCCUGAAGGAAUGAUCGUGGCUCAGUGAGCUCAUUAUUACUUUCUCUAGAUCCUGGUAUAAGAGGACAUGUCACUCCCAUUCUUUCCGAUCGAACUCCUUGUCGUGCGGGCUAUCAGGAUCACUAUUUUCCAUUAUGCCUCGGCUGUCGCGAUACCAACUCGAUAUACCCUUCAAAGAUGUGCUUUCCUUUUGCUCGGAAACACAGUCCAAAAUAGACCAGGACAAGCCUAUUUAUAUCGAUUGUCGCAAUCCAACACAGAGCAUAUCUUCAAGAGAAGCUUGGAAAUUAAUCCGCACUCUUAUCGCCGGCUUUCGACAUGCAGGUUUGAAAGCCGGCGAUUGUGUCUGCAUACACACAUUCAAUUUCAUUCAUUAUCCGAUUCUUGUGCAAGCCAUCAUCGGUGCUGGCGGAGUCUUUGUGGGUACGAAUCCUGCCUACACGCCCACAGAGCUUGGUCAUGCCCUUGAGACUUCGUUGGCCAAGUUUAUCAUCACUGAGCCGGAGCUGCUUCAAAACAUCAAACAGCCUGCAGUUGCUCUGGGAAUAUCAGGGGAGCGUGUCUUCCUCACGAACCACGAAAAUACAGAUGCGCAAAGUGCGAUGAGACCCUGGCGUACAUUAUUGGAGCAUGGCCAAAAAGAUUGGUCACAAUUUGACGACGAGGAAAAAUCGAAGACUACAAAUGCUAUGCUACUCUUCAGCAGCGGCACAACCGGUCUUCCCAAAGCUACUCAAAUCUCGCACUACAAUCUUAUCGCUCAGCAUAUUUUGGUGCAUGAGAACCCACAACAUCCGGAGAGGUACCCAGUGUCCAGAAUAAUGUCUCUACCCAUGUUCCACGCGGCUGCAGCUCCUUACACCCAUCUGUCGAGUCUUCGAGCUGGCUACCCGGUCUUCGUCAUGAGGCGAUUCGAGCUUUCCCUCUACCUGAGUUCUAUCGAACGCUUCGGUAUCACGAGCCUCAUGAUGGUCCCUCCAAUGGUCACAGCAGUAAUCGCCUAUUCUUCGUCAGGACCAGAUCUUCGAGCCCAAGUUAGACAAACCCUUCAGUCCGUGCGAAGUGUGAUUGUUGGAGCAGCACCAUUGAGCAAAGAAACACAAGCGAGAAUGCAAACACUUCUCCCCGAGCAAAGUCCAAUCACUCAAGUCUGGGCUAUGAGCGAGACAAGCUGCAUAGCUUCAUGCACGUACUGGCCAGAGUUCGAAAACACUGGCUCAGUGGGGCGUUUCUUACCAGGCAUAGAUGCGAAAGUGGUCGAUGAGUCCGGAUCGGAAGUUCCUGACGGUAUGCGGGGAGAAUUGUGCGUCCGUGGCCCAACGAUAACUCGAGGCUACGUCAACAAUCCAGAAGCUCGCGCUCGAGACUGGGAUCAAGAUGGCUAUUUUCAUACUGGCGAUAUCGUGUACCAAGACCAAUCAACGGAGCUUUGGUAUGUUGUCGACAGGAAGAAAGAGUUGAUCAAAGUCCGCGGCUUCCAGGUCUCUCCGGCAGAAAUCGAGGCAGCGCUGGUCUCGCAUCCCUUGGUUCAGGAUGUCGCGGUGAUCGGCGUAGAUGGUGGUGAAGAUGGCGAGCUUCCUCGGGCGUACGUCAUACGCAAGGACAAUACCCUCAGCGAAAGUGACCUCAAAGUAUGGUCCGCAGAAAGAUUGGCGAGAUAUAAAUGGCUUACUGGAGGAGCAAAGUUUGUUGACCAGAUUCCAAGAAAUGCUAGCGGAAAGAUCUUGAAAAAUCUCUUGCGAGAGCAAGCUCGAACGCUCGGGUCUCACAAGUUGUAGCAGACGUGGAAAGAGAUAUGGCUCGACUUUAUGUUUUUAAACCAAUUGCACGAGGAAAAAUGUUGGUGUUCUUGAGCUAUUCGCGUUCCUUGUAGUUACUCUUAGUCUAAGGUCCAUGUACGUUCCUAAUUCCUGCAU